ACUGGCAGCCGGGCCGGUAGCUGCCGUACAUCACACACCGCUGUAUAGCAGAGCGAUACUAUCUCUCUCUGUUCAUUGGUGCCACAGUUAUCGAGCAAACGGUACACACCCAGUUGUCUGAGUGGCAGGAACAUUCUCCAAUCAGCAUCGGGAGGCGUGGCCGGGGCUCGGGCGGCUAAAUUUGAAAAUGGCAGAAGAGGGUCUGGUGUAACCGCUGCCGCUGUGUGAUCAUCCGGUAUUAUUGUGUGGGUGAGGAGACUGACUGGGGGGGGGACCCUCCGAGCAGCAGGCCCGAGCCUCCGCUCUGCCGCAUUAUCCUGCAGAAUUCUAGUUUGAGCACCUGUCCAAUGAUAGAUAUGGGCCUCAUCCUGCAUGACGAAUGAGUAAUUCUCGGCAAAAUCAAAAUCUGAAAUGGAAAUCCAAUAAACAAAUAAAACCUUUAUCCAUUUCCAAUCCCUCAAGUAGCAUCAUCCAUCCAGAGCAGCAGCACCAAAUGGGUAUUUUGUUUUUCAAGAAAUGGAUGGCAAUGACCUGACAGAACGCAGCCGUCGUAGGAGAAUUUCCUCGAUUUUGAAGGCACCUCGGAGUCCCCUUAGAGACCUUGGAUAUGGAAAUGAACUUUAUCAGGAUUCUACUCUUGAAAAGCGGCGGAAAAGUUCUCGGCGAGUGAGCUUUGCUGAGACUAUAAGAGUUUUCACUCCAGAGCCACCAGCAACUGCAGCAGCUGAUACUAAGAUUACCGAUCCUGCCUUAAGUGAUACAUCCAAUAAUCACAAAAAUAGUACCUGCGAAAUCACUGGAAUAAACACGUUACUUCAUGGACCGAUUCAAGUUCCAGCUCACCAGGCAGAGUGGAUUGCCACAGACUGUACAAAAGACAGGACUAUUUUAUUCUCCUCUGAUAUGGAUAUGACCACAAGCAAUACCAUAGCCAUUGAUAGGCUUGUUGAGGCAACACCAAAGAAAAUAGAUACUGGUUUAUUUUUGUCAAGUUUAAAAUCCCCAAAAAGUGAGGAAUCAACUGGCAACAUACAUCUUCCUUUUUCAAUUAGUGGCCAAAAUAAUGCAAGUUUUGAGGUGAUGACGAACUCUUCCUGUCCAACAAAAAUGAAGUUUGAGGACUUCUUAGCAACUUUGGGAAAUAAUAAAUCAAAGACAGUAAAAACAAACACCACUAUGUGGGCAGACGAUGCUGACAAGGAGAACAUUUUUCCUUAUGUUCCCAAAGAAAAUAUAUCUAACAAGAAGAGCAUUCCUGCACUUUUUUAUGCUCUGGAGAAUACAGGAGAUGUAACACAAAUGUUCAGAGAGCAAGAGAACGGACUUGACCUAACGAAAUGCCAAACAACCAACAUUACUACUUUCAUUCCAAUGUUCAAAAGAGAAUGGACUAAUAAUAAUCCAGGCAGCACCUGUGCUGACCCAGAAACGCAAACCUUACAUAACUGUCAGCACUUAGUACCUUCUGGCAUCGCUAGUAAAUCUUACACUAAUGACCAAACUGUGUUGAUGAAGGAUGACAUGGACUUAACAUGUAGUCAUACAACACGCAUAGAUGGAGAGUUAUGGCAACCACGUCGUAUAUGUGAUGACAGUGUUUUCCUCAAUGACCGGACCAUAAUUUUUACUAAUGAGAACGAAAUGGAACUUACGAAAAAUAAUGUGGUUUUAUUGAAUAGUAUAAAAACAGGUGCAUUGCCUGUCGCAGGGGAAAAGAGUCUGGUCUGUAUGGAGCGUACAACAGUUUUUCCAGAUGAGGAAAUGGACAUUACCAAUAGUCAUACAGUAGCUAUAGAUGGUUUAGCAGUGGAUCAGAUGAGAAACCAAACAUCCACCUAUUCUUCCUCUAACAAAGUUCUAGUAACGUGUGAAACGCCCACAAAUGAGCUCCCUUUUAAUGUUUCUCUUGCUGAAAACGGUGGACCAAACAAUUGUGUAAAUCGCAGUAAUGGUCCUGGGGCAGGAAAUCCUCAAGGCAGAGCUUAUGAAAUCAGCAAAAUGGAGACUUCUAAGUUGGAAGAGCAAUCGGAUCUUGCCAUGGGUGAUGUAUGCAACAAUAACAAAAAUAGUACCUGCCAAAUCACUGGGAGAAACAGUUUGAUUUGUGGACCCAUUCAAGUUUCGGCUCACCAAGAUGAGGUGACCCCAAUUAUAGCAAAAGUAGACCCUCACGGGCACACUUCGCUUGCCAUGCUUCAGUAUAAUACAAAAGACUGCACUAGAGACAGGUCAUGUUUCUUCUCCUGUGAUAAUGAUAUGGAUAUGACCACAAGCAAUACCAUAGCCAUUGUUGAGGCAAAACCAAAGAAAAUAGAUACUGGUUUAUUUUUGUCGAGUUUAAAAUCCCAAAAGAGCGAGGAAUCAACCAGGAAGAUACAUUUUCCGUUUUCAGUCAGUGACCUAAAGAAUGCAAGUUUUCAGCUGCUGACCGACUCUUCCUGUCCAACAAGAAUAGAGUUUGGGGAAUUAGCAACUUUGGGAAAUAAUAAUAAAUCAAAGACUGUAAAAACAAACACCACUGUUCGGGUAGAAGAUGCUGAUAAGGAGAACGUUUUCCCUUCUGUUCCUAAAGAAAAUAGAUCUAAUAAUAAGAGCGUGCCUCCGUUUUUCCAUGCUCUGGAGAAUAUAGGAGAUGUAACACACCUGUUCAGGGAGCAAGAGAAUGGACUGGACCUAACGAAAUGCCAAACAACCAACAUUACUACUUUCAUUCCAAUGUGCAACAGAGACUUGCUGAAUACGAACAAUCCAGGCAUUACCUGUACUGACCGUGCUAGCAGGGAACCUUCUGUCAUCACUAGUAAAUCUUACCCUAAUGACCAAACUGUGUUGAAGGAUGACAUGGACUUAACAUGUAGUCCUACAACACGCAUAGAUGGAGUUUUAUGGCAACCGCGUCGUAUAUGCGAUGAUGACAGUGUUUUCCCCAAUGACAAGACCAUCAUUUUUACUAAUGAGAAUGAAAUGGAACUUACGAAAAAUAAUGUGGUUUUGUUCAACAGUAUAAAAGCAGGUGCAUUGCCUGUCGCAGGGGAAAAGAGCCUGGUCUGUAUGGAGCGUACAACAGUUUUUCCAGAUGAAGAAAUGGACAUUACUAAUAGUCAUACAGUAGCUAUAGAUAUUUUAACAGUGGAUCAGAUGAGAAACCAAACAUCCACCUAUUCUUCUUCUAACAAAGUUCUAGUAAUGUGUAAAACACCCCAAAAUGAGGUCCCUGUUAAUGUUGUUUCUCAUGGUGAAAAGGGAGGACCAAACAAUUGUGUAAAUCACAGUUAUGUUCCUGGUACAGGAAAUAUUCAAGGCAGAGCUUAUGAAAUUAGCGGAAAGGAGGCUUCUAAGCAGGGAGAGCAGUCUGGUAAGGCUGCUACUCCAUUCUGUCUGUCCACUGCAAAUUCAGCAUCUGACCUUGAUCAGACCAAAGCUGUUAUGGAUAUUCUGAAACUUACCCCGAUUGGCACAAAAAAUACAAAAUCUCAAACGUUUUUAUCUUGCACUUCAGCUGAGAACCCACCUAUUGCCUCUACUGAAAGGACAAUUUUGUUUACAGGUGAUCAGGAUGAUAUGGAGUUCACCACAUCUCACCCCAUUGCCAUUGUUGGAAAAUAUUUGCAACAAUCCAGCAAGACUAGUAUGCCAAAUCGAAUUCCUGACAUGGAUAUGACUCAAACACAUACUGUUGCUAUUGAGACAAAUGUGUUCUGUGAGGGGGAGGAUAUACAUAAUACCGAUUUAAAAAGCCUAGGUCAACAAAACUUUGCCAUUCAUUCUGCAGCUGCAAACAACAAUGUACUCGUGUGUUCUCAAGAAAUGAUCAAAAGCCAUACAAUUCCGCUUAAUGAGGGUAACGUACACAAUCUGCCUGUUCCAUUCAAGAGUUCCACUAAUACUAUGGAUCUGGAACAAGUGGAUAUGGAUAUUACAAAAUCAAAUACAAUUUUUAUUGGUAACAUUCCUGAAAAUGAAAUACCUUGUGAUCGUCAGAUUUCAGUUACAUCUAAAUGUGUGCAAUCGUCCAAGAGGAUUACAAUCUCCAGUAAUAAAAAUGUAAAUAAAGUUGGAGAUAUUACAAAUACAAGUGGUGGUCUAUUAUCCCGGAAGAAUAAGCCACAAGAUCUAGAGAAUAUAACAAGAAUGUUUAUGGCUUUCCAAGAUAAGACACGGUUUCCAUUUGAUCAAAAUGAUAUGGAUAUGACCAAGUCACACACUAUAGCCAUUGAAAGCAUGAAGAACAGAUUGAGAGAUGAUUUACAGAUCAAUCCUAUGUCGACAAGUAAAAAUGCACUUACAGAGUUGGAAGAUACUGUGGAGCGUACAGAAAGUCACACAGUUGUUGAUCAAGAUGAUCCAGUUACAGACUACAAUAAGUCUGUUAAUACCAUGUUUUCCAAAGAUGUUGACAUGGACAAUACAAAGUCCAACACUGUCUUUAUUGAUCACCUGUCGGAUAACCUGCAAAAUAAGGAAGUUCAGGUUUCAGGUAUUUACCCUAAAGGAAACCGUGUUUAUCAGAAUUCUUUUGAUGCUAAUAAUGAAACAGUAGAUGUAUAUUGUAAUGUGGAGGAGGCCAAAACAAACUUUGAGUUAGCAAACGCUGAGGAAGAGAGAUUUGUCUGUAAGGCUUCACUUGGUAAAACCAUAUAUAACCAAGAGGAUAUGGAAAGAAGGAGGUCUCAUACUGGUGAAAUUGAAAGCAAGCACUUGCAGGAUGUACAUAUUAACGGUCCUGUACAUGCAAAUGUGUCUACAUGUGACCACAUCAGUACGUCUAAUACAGCUAACUUUGUUUGUGAGGAUAUGUAUUUAAAUAGGUCUCACAGUACAAGGAUUGAAAACACCCAUUCUAAAGAAGCACCUUCUCUUUUUAGGACUAAAGCCAGUGGUAACAAAGAUUUGUCUUUGGUUUUACAAGACACAGCAGUCACAUGUUCAGGAACCGGAGAAAAGGAAAUAACAAAUUUUCAAGGAAAAGCGAUUUUUACAGCAGAAUAUAUUGACACCCAUCUUCUCCCGACUGAGGAAACUCUAUGUACAAAUGAGCAGGAACCUAUGGAAAUCACAAAAGCCCACACUGUUAUGGUAGAAGUUAAAAUGAUGAAAGCCCCUAAUUACCAAGGUCUGACCCCUGACAUUUGUACAAUAAAUGGAGAGACUGAGGAGAUGGACAUUGUAAAAACAUCAACCUUAGAAACAGAAAGACAUGAAACCUUUAUUGAAGAACCUAUGGAAAUGCUAGAGCAACCUGUAAAAAAAAGUAUUUCAAGGUCCACAACUGCAUUAUCAAAAACUGUACAGUUUUUAGAGGAUUUGGAAAAUAUGGAGCUUACACAAGUCCGUACUAUGCAAAUUGAAGGAGUGUCUGGAGAGAUUAUUGGCUCUUCUGGUAGAAAUAGCACCUGUGUGAUUUCAGAUGAAGAGAUUGAUAUCACUAAAAGUAAUACAGUUUUCAUUGACCAGAAAUGUGAGGCUACGAAGAACAGCUUGCUUCGAAACGUUGAUAUGAGGAAUGUAACUAGGAAUUUAGUGACUUCCAUUUGCAAUGAAGAAAUUCCAGAAGAAGAUACAGUUUCCAGUAAUAAAUCAGAAAUUUGUAAUGUAUCUGGGUUGAUUCAAGCUGCUUUGAAAUGUAAUAGCAAACCCUUAGAUAUUCGUACAGAAAAUCUUACAGUGGACAUGAAAAUUGUCAGUGACCAUAAACUGAAUGAUAUCCGUUCACUGUAUUCUGACUCUUGUGGUCUUCCUUGUGAGCUAGCUGUAACUGAUCAUAUCCAUGGCCUACAAACCAGUACUUCAGUCCCUCAAAAAGAUCCAGAAGAAUUGCAAGACAAUAUGGUGUCUAAAAAAGCUAAAAGAAGAUCAAAAAGAGUGUCUUUCCAUAUUCCUGAAAAAAAAUCUGUGAUAAGGGAUGAUAUUUUAAAACCAAGCACUGCAAUUCCAAUGCCAAAUCAAGAAGAGCAGUUUUCUUUGGUCCCAGGUGAACAUUACGCCAACAGCCAAGUGGAACGUGAAAACAUUCCUGUGCCUGUUAAUAUUGAAAUUUCCUAUGGUAAAUCAGACUUUACAAAUAACACUUUGAUUCAGUCUACAUCGGACAAUAAGUUAAAUUUGAAAGGUUUGAGCAACUUCCUUGAAAAUGCCCCUGACGCAUCAACUAAAAAUUUAACGGUUACUGAUGACAUAUGUAGCGUCAAAGAUAACAAGAGCAGCAGAAGCAUUGCUGAUAUACAAUUAAAAAUCAAGAGUUUGACCCAAAACACAAAUACCUCAGUCCAUCAAACUGCUCCUGUCUCAUGUUUUAUUGAACAGCUGCCCACUACAUCACAUAUUUCAUAUCGUCCAAAUACAAAUGAGAUACCUGAACAGGUUUUAUUGAAUACAGAUCUUUCCUGCAUAGUACUCAAUGAGGGGGAAAAAAAUGAUCCUCUUGAAGAGAGAGAUGUCAUCAUUACAAAAGAAACCUGUUUACCAAAUAGGCUGUCUGUCAAGAUAUUUCAGCCUAGGUUACCCACCAAAAGAUAUUCCAGCACAAGUAACACGCAGGAGCGAAUUUCCUCUUCUGCUCCUAAGGCACAAGCUGGCCGAACAUCCAUGACACUUCUCAAGGCUUUAACUUCUAGUGAUGACGUCCAGUGUAUAGAAGAGGAAAUCCUUCCGGUUUGUCCAGAUGACCAGGAAAUAAAUAGUUUAUUUCAAUAUGAUGUGCCAGAAGGUGCUUGGGAGGAGUUGUGUAAGAAAGAAGCUCUGCACAAAAACCUAAAACAAUGUGCUGUUGGACCCGAAGAGACCAUUACUGUUCAAAAAAGGAUUCGUGAUACAGAGGACGAUGUAGAAAUUCAGAGAGAAAAGAAAGCCAAGCGAAAUGAGACAUCCGACCAAGUGGAACAGACAUCGGUAGCUAAUAAAAGUCCAAGUUAUAGAAGUGAUUUAUCUCAUACGAGUAAAGCCAUGGAGAAAACUUAUUGCAGCAGCAGCUCCCAAGACUCAAAGGGAGAAGGGAUGUCUGUAGAUCUAAGCAGUCAGCAGUACUCUCAGAUGGACUCUCAGUUACCAUGGGAUUCUGGAUGUGAGCAAACCCUAUGGCAGAAAUUCCAGGAUGGAACAAUUACAACAAAAGAGUUUUUUAUACUACUUCGGAUCCGUAUUUUAAUACAGAAGCCAAGAUACAGUGAACUUCCAGCAAAUCUUGCUACGAACGAAGCAAUAUCUUCAGCAGACGUCUUGCUAGAUCAAUACAUAUACCAGCCUAAGCUGCAGGUGUACGAGGAGGAAUGUCAUUCCUUGUACCAAACAAUUGAAGAGUUAAAGGUUUGUGUGGAGCGGCAGGAAAAGCCUUUAGUGCAAAUCAACAAUCUACUCUGGGAAGCUUUGAGGAUGUGCUCAGAAAAUGAGUUGAUGUUCUUCGGUGUAAAACUAAAAAAUCUUAAGGCUAUGUAUUCUAAGAAAAGUAAGCUUUUAGCCCAUGAAAGAAAAGUGACCAUGUACGGAAAACUGCUCCACACAGCACAGGUGCAGUGGGAGCAAUUCCAGCGAAGAAUAAGUGAGACGGAUAAGCUUAUUGAAGAGCUUGAUGAUUGCAUCUCCAACCUAGAAAUGGAAACUGCCAAACUGGAUAAGGAAUGCAGAAAUCCUAACCUGGCAGAUGAAGUCCCAUGUGGUGCUGAAAUACGUAAUGAGAUUGAACAUUUGAAGUCUGUGGAGCAGGAUUGCAUCGGAGAAAUCUUGCAGCUAAAAGAACGGAAGGAACACGUUUUAACACAGCUUGGCAGCCUUCAAGCAGAAUCAAGGGAUCUUGACAAACAUUUAGACAAACCCAGUUUCACAGAGUGGGACCUAAUUGAGUGGACAGAUGAGGAGGCAACGUUUGUUUUUCUGUACGAUUCUCUGCAACUUAAGAUAUUGUUUGGAGAUUAUGCCAAUAGUGAACAGUUUAAUAAUCAACCUUGCAGAAGAAUUUCAACUGUCAUAUUGGAAUCUCAGCUGAAUGAAGAAAUUGCGCCACCUUCAACUCUUCUAGUACAUAGAUUAAUAAUGAUGUUUAUCGAAAGAAAGGGAAGCCUUCACAAGACCUAUAAAACUCAAAACAAUCUGCCUCAGUUACUUUUUGAUGUGUCCCUGGUGGUGAGCAGAUGUAAAUUACUUGGAGAAGAGAUUCAAUAUCUAACUAAAUGGGGUGCAAAAUAUAAUCUAAUGCAGACACAAAUACAGAGCAAUGAAGUGAGGCUACUGUUUUCCAGCUUGGCAGCUAUUGUAAAGUUUGAGCUGAUAGUACAUCUUUCAGAAUCUUACCCAACAGCCCCUUUGCCAUUUACAUUAGUUAAUCGUAUUGGAAAUAUUGACCAGAGCAGAGUGACUGCCGUUAUGUCAAAGGUACCUGUGGGUCUUUGGCACCUGAAGAGGGCAGUGAAAUCAAUACAUGAAAAUCUCCUUGUAUAGUAAAUUAUAAAUGUUUUGAGGCUACUGAAUGUCUGUUAUGUUGAAUGAUAAAAGGGGUAUGCUUACCUGAAAUGUAUUUUAAAUUAGUAUUUCUUUGUUGCCUUACAGCCUAUUCAAGAUUGUAUUUCUUGUGACUAAGUGGUUGAGUGGUGAUUGAACUCAUCCAUCAAGCUGCAUCAGACUGUUCUAUUCUCUAGUUUUCUAGGGUGAAUUAAUUUUGAUGCUUACAAUUUCUAUAGUCAGGUCGAGGGCUGCCGAGGAUUUAACCCGCACAAGAUGCACCACAUGAAUUUUUAAAUGCCUUUGUCCUUUUUAUGAGCAAUAAACACUGCUUAAAAUG